GAGCUGCCAGUGUGGUUGUGGGCCACCCCCUGGACACGAUCAAGACUCGUUUGCAAGCUGGACAAGGAUAUGGAAAUACACUCAACUGUGUUCUCACUGUGUACAGAAAUGAGUCUGUGGCUGGCUUCUUCAAAGGCAUGUCCUUCCCACUAGCCAGCAUCGCCGUCUACAGCUCCGUGGUGUUCGGUGUCUUCAGCAACACACAACGGCUCCUCAGCCAGCUCCGCCACGGAGACCCGGCCCGCGCGCCGGCACUCACCGACGUGGCUCUCGCCAGCGUGGUGGCAGGGUUUGUCUCCGUGGGCAUCGGCACUCCUGUAGACCUGGUAAAGAUAAGACUACAGAUGCAAACACAGCCGUACAUCCAAGCAAACAUUAAGCUGAAGCCCACAGUUCCUGGAUUUCCUGUGUACCGAGGCCCAAUUCACUGCUUUAGGACAGUCCUACAGAAAGAGGGGAUAGCAGGAAUAUACCGAGGCGCGGGAGCAAUGCUUCUGAGGGAUGUUCCUGGAUACUGCCUCUAUUUCAUCCCUUACACAUUUUUCUGUGGCCGGAUUACCCCUGAUGGAUGCAUUUCCCCUAAUCCCUCCUCCAUCUGGCUGGCAGGGGGUGUAGCAGGAGCCAUUUCCUGGGGGACUGCUACUCCAAUGGAUGUUGUGAAAAGUCGACUUCAGGCAGAUGGAGUUUAUUUAAACAAGUACAAAGGGACCCUUGACUGUAUCUUGCAGAGCUACCAGAACGAGGGCUUAAAAGUCUUUUUUAGGGGCAUCACGGUCAAUGCAGUGCGAGGAUUCCCAACAAGUUCAGCCAUGUUUCUUGGCUAUGAACUUUCCCUCAAAGCAAUGAAAAGAGACCAAACUGAGGCCAAUCCUUAA